AUGGACACUACAGCCUCAACAACACCAAAACAACCACAAAUCUCUGAAAUGUUUUCAAAAUUUGCACUAGCUUUCAAGACUAAAACUUUCGAAUUCUUCGCUGAUGAAACCACUAACGCCGAUGAAAUCUCCGACGCCGACGAGGGCUUCUCCCUCCUUGACUCCGCAGAGGAUUUUAUCCCUGACCAGAAAGUCAUAAUCUUGAAACCUGACCAACCCUUGAAUCAAAAUCAAGUCAUUUUGCCACAGCAGGAGUUGACAGUGAAAAAGAGUGAGACCCAGAUCAAGCCUUUGAAUACCCAGCUGGUUAAUACUCUAAUUUCUUCAGUUUUUGCUACAGUUUCUUCAUUUGAAGCUUCUUAUUUGCAGUUACAAACUGCACAUGUGCCUUUUAAUGAAGAGAGCAUUACAGUAGCUGAUAAGGCUUUGGUUUCAGUUCUUCAGAGAUUGUCUGAUUUGAAGCAAGUUUAUAAGGAUUUGCGUAAGAAUCCUGAUUUUGGUGGUGAUUUGCCAGUUGGGUCUUGUUCGGAAGCUCAAGUAGAAGAGAAUCAAAGCAAGUUGAGAAUUUUGGGGACGGUUUCUAAUAGCUUGCAAGCAGAGAUUGAUCAAAGAGAUAGUGAAGUUUCGGCCAUGAAGAAGAAAUUGAGUGAGGUACAAAAGUCUAAUUCUUUAUUGUCUAAGAGGUUGUGCAGUAGCUUGAAUUUGAAUUUGAAUUUGAAUUCUGAGGUUUUGUUGACUGUUAAGGUAUUUGAUUCUCUGUUAAGUGAUGCUUGUAGAACAAUGCAUAAGUUCACUAAGGUUUUGGUUGAUUUAAUGAGAAAAGCUGGGUGGGAUUUGGAUAUGGCGGCGAAUUCUGUUCAUCCUGAUGUUGAUUAUGUGAAAAGAGGGCAUAAUCGUUACGCAUUUUUGUCGUAUGUUUGUUUGGAGAUAUUUAAAGGUUUUGAUUUAAUAGGGUUUGGCUUGGAGAGUGCGGGUGAAGUUUUAUGUAACGGGCAUGGCUCGGAUUCUGUUAAGAGUAAUAGUUCGUUGAAGCAAUUACUUGAGCAUGUAUCUUGCAAUCCUAUGGAGUUGCUAAGUAGGAAACCUACGUGUGAGUUUUCGAGAUUUUGUGAAAAGAAGUAUCAAGAGCUUAUACAUCCGACAAUGGAGUCUUCAAUUUUCAGCAAUUUGGAUCAAAAUGAAGCUGUGUUGAAUUCGUGGAGGUCACUUAGUAUGUUCUAUGAGUCAUUUGUUAACAUGGCUAGUUCUGUAUGGACACUUCAUAAGCUGGCAUUUUCUUUUGAUCCUGUUGUCGAUAUUUUUCAAGUGGAAAGAGGGGUUGAUUUUUCUAUGGUGUAUAUGGAAGAUGUCACGAGGAGGUGCACCGUGCCAAGUAAAACCAGGCUGAAGGUGGGGUUCACAGUGGUUCCAGGAUUUAAAAUCGGAAGAACAGUUAUCCAAUCUCAGGUUUAUUUAUGUGGCCUGACAUGUACAGAGUAA